UCAAACAUAUGCUGUCCUCAGAAGACACCGAAUCAUGUCUCGGUAUCCGGCAGAUGCCGAGGCACCCGUAGGUGACUUCAGGUUGGGAAAUGAGCGCCGUCCUCCUGCUCCGGCCAGGGCAGGAUAAGAUGCAACCAGCGCUUACACGGUGUCCUUAAUAGUAUAUGGCAGGAAACGAUGAAAGACAAGCUGGAAACGGUUACAAACGGGAUUGCUGAUUAAAAAGAGGAAGGCAAGAGGAAAAUCAAGUUUAUGAUCGCCAACAUCAGACUAAAAAUAGCAGUUCAUCCUCCUUCCGCCAAGCAAUGUAGUUCGUCAAACAAAGUUGUUGCUAAGCGACAGUGAAGUCUCUCUGUAUUCGCGGCGGUUUGGGGCUCGCGCAUCUACACGAGCAGUCAGGUGUGCGAUAAAUUACGACGGUUUCGAAGGCGUGUCAGCCAAUCAGCGCCUAGAACCGGGACUCGUUUAUUCUCGUAAACCCAAAUAACUCGGCGUGCGAGCCUACGUAGCUUAGAAGUACCUACUGAUGGAAAGCAAGGUUUUCCGGUACUGUGUUUGUCGCUAAGAGAGGCUCUACAGUGGAUUGGUUUGAUAUACUUGAAUGCUUUCAAAAGCUAAGUCCGUUGGACUCUUGUUUGCCCCCCCCCCCCCCGGAGUUGCCUUCUCCUCUCCCUUUUUAUAAUUGCCAUUUCCCAAUGAUGACAGAGCUUUGUCAGGGGCGCGUUGAUGGGAAACGUCCUCUGUCACGAAGGCAAUGCUGUAUGGGCACUAUAUGGAAGUUAUCUAAACCAAGCCUGUCUUUACGAUGAUGGGACCUCGGUCAGAAACGGGAACACAGCCAGGUCCCUCAUUCGUCACUCAAAAACCCCCACAAGAAACAGCCAUGAACCCUCCACGCCGAUCAUCGAGUUCCCAUAGUGACAGGCCCUCCACUGAGACCCAGCAGAGGAACAACAGCAGUAACUCUGGCGUUAUUCUGGACAUCUCGGCUCUCAAGAUGACGGAGGUGGAUACAGAGGUGCCUCCUCUUCCACCUCGCUAUCGCUUCAGGGACUUGCUGCUGGGGGACCAGACAUUUCAGAAUGACGACAGGGUUCAGGUGGAGUUCUAUGUGAACGAAAACACCUUCAAAGAGAGGCUGAAGCUUUUCUUCAUCAAAAACCAAAGGUCAAGUCUGAGAAUCCGCCUGUUCAACUUCUCAUUGAAGAUCCUCACCUGUGCCCUCUACAUAGUGAGAGUCAGUCUGGAUAACCCCAAGGAGAGCAAUGGCAACUCAUGUGCACUUGGCCAAUGUUGGAACAACAGUUGGACUAAUACAGCAGAGUCGACAGAAAUCAACUGGGGGUUGAUUUUCUGGGUUAACAGACGGGUUCCUGUAUGGGCGAUACAGGUGACAGUGGCCUUAAUCAGUUUCUUGGAGACCAUGCUUAUCACAUAUCUCAGCUACAAGGGGAACAUUUGGGAGCAGAUUUUCCAGAUAUCCUUCAUAUUGGAGAUGAUCAACACAGUGCCAUUUAUAAUCACGAUCUUCUGGGCUCCACUGAGAAACAUAUUUGUCCCUGUAUUUCUUAACUGCUGGCUAGCCAAAGGUGCCCUGGAGAACAUGAUCAAUGACUUCCAUCGUGCCAUCCAGAGGACCCACUCUGCCAUGUUCAACCAGGUGUUCAUCCUCAUCUGCACCUUACUGUGUCUCGUCUUCACUGGAGCUUGUGGGAUCCAGCAUCUAGAGAGAGCCGGGAAGCACCUGUCCCUGUUUGACUCGUUCUAUUUCUGCAUCGUCACCUUCUCCACUGUGGGCUAUGGGGAUGUCACGCCACAAAUCUGGCCCUCCCAGCUGCUGGUGGUCAUUCUCAUCUGCGUUGCACUGGUGGUGCUCCCACUGCAGUUUGAAGAACUCGCAUACUUGUGGAUGGAGAGCCAGAAGUUAGGAGGGAACUACAGUCGCCACCGGGCGCAGACAGAGAAGCAUGUGGUGUUGUGUGUCAGCUCACUGAAGAUUGACCUGUUGAUGGAUUUCCUCAAUGAGUUCUACGCUCAUCCCAGACUACAGGAACACAAACUAUUUGUAGGCCAGCUGGUGUUGAUUGGUGAGUUCUGGUUGGCAGGUUCGGUAGGAUCCUCGGCCACACCAAUCAGACGCCAGCAAACAGCAACCAGGAAGUGGGUGGUUCCAGGUCCAGGGGAACCAAUCCUCGACAGGAUGGACGAUGCUGAGGCCUGCUUUAUCCUCAGCAGCAGGAACGAGGUUGACCGAACUGCUGCUGAUCACCAGACUAUUUUGAGGGCUUGGGCUGCGAAAGACUUUGCACCAAAUUGCCCUCUCUACGUUCAAAUUCUCAAACCAGAAAACAAAUUCCACGUUAAGUUUGCAGAUCAUGUCGUAUGUGAAGAGGAAUUCAAGUAUGCCAUGCUGGCACUGAACUGUGUGUGUCCAGCCACGUCUACCUUAGUCACACUCCUGGUUCAUACCUCCAGAGGACAGGAGGGGCAGUUGUCACCGGAGCAGUGGCAGAGGAUGUAUGGGCGCUGCUCUGGAAAUGAGGUCUACCACAUCCGCCUGUGUGAUAGCAAGUUUUUUGGGGAGUAUGACGGAAAGAGCUUCACCUACGCCUCCUUCCACGCCCAUAAGAAGUAUGGUGUGUGUUUGAUCGGAGUGAAGAGGGAGGACAACAAGAGCAUCCUCUUGAACCCCGGCCCCCGCCACAUCAUGGCUGCCACUGACACCUGCUACUACAUCAACAUCACCAAGGAGGAGAACUCGGCCUUCAUCUUCAAACAGGAGGAGAAGGACAAGGGCCUGUCUGUCACCGGCCUCUACGACGCCCCCUCCAGGCUGCCCGUGCACAGCAUCAUCGCCAGCAUGGGCACUGUAGCCAUAGAUCUCCAGAAUCCUGAUCCUCCUGAGGAAAGCAGCAAACUGACCUUGCCGACGGAGAACGGUGCUGGAAGCCGCAGGCCGAGCAUCGCACCUGUCCUAGAGAUCGCAGACUCCUCCGCUAUUCUGCCUUGCGACCUCCUCAGCGACCAAUCAGAGGAUGAGACCAACCAGUCAGACGACGAGGGCUCUGUAGGGUCAGAUUUUGUGAAGGGCUACCCUCCCAACUCACCCUACAUCGGCAGCUCUCCAACUCUGUGCCACCUCCUGCCACAGAAAGCUCCCUUCUGCUGCCUCCGCCUCGACAAGGGCUGUACACAUAGCAGCUUUGAGGAUGCCAAAGCAUACGGCUUCAAGAAUAAGCUGAUAAUAGUGUCUGCAGAGACGGCGGGUAAUGGCCUCUACAACUUCAUCGUCCCUCUGCGUGCUUACUAUCGGCCCAGGAAGGAGCUCAACCCAAUAGUGCUGCUGCUGGACUACCCGCCAGACAACCACUUCUUAGAGGCGAUUUGCUGCUUUCCAAUGGUUUACUUCAUGGCUGGCACUAUCGAUAACUUGGACAACCUGCUACAGUGUGGUAUAAUCUACGCUGACAACUUGGUGGUUGUGGACAAGGAAAGCACCAUGAGCGCUGAGGAAGAUUACAUGGCCGACGCCAAGACCAUCGUCAACGUCCAGACUAUGUUCAGGUUGUUCCCCAGUCUCAGCAUCAUCACUGAGCUCACACACCCGUCUAACAUGAGGUUCAUGCAGUUCAGAGCCAAAGACUGCUAUUCACUCGCCCUCUCCAAACUGGAGAAGAUAGAGCGUGAUAAGGGCUCCAACUUGGCCUUCAUGUUCCGGCUGCCGUUUGCUGCAGGCAGGGUGUUCAGUAUCAGCAUGUUGGAUACACUGCUUUACCAGUCAUUUGUUAAAGACUAUAUGAUCGCGAUUACAAGGCUUCUUCUUGGGCUGGACACCACGCCGGGCUCUGGGUACCUGUGUGCUAUGAAGAUCACAGAGGAGGACCUGUGGAUCAGGACUUACGGCAGACUCUUCCAGAAGCUUUGUUCCUCCAGUGCUGAGAUCCCCAUAGGGAUCUACCGCACCGAGUCGCACAUGUUCUCAACCUCAGAGUGCAAGGACAGUUAUGCACAGUCUCAGGUGUCUAUCAACGUGGAGCAGGGCGUGGAGCAUCGUGAGCGUGGAGAGCCCUGGAAGGAGAAGACGAGCCACAGAAAUUCUACCACAAGCGACCAAUCAGAGCACCCGCUGCUGAGGAAGAAGAGCAUGCAGUGGGCACGGCGACUGAGCAGGAAGAGCGCCAAACCAUCCAGCAGAGCAGAGCGCAUCUCGCAGCAGAGACACAACCUGUACCGGCGGUCUGAGCGGCAGGAACUGUCUGAGCUGGUCAAGAAUCGCAUGAAGCACCUGGGCCUGCCCACCGUGGGAUAUGACGAGAUGAAUGACCACCAGAACACACUGUCCUAUGUCCUCAUCAAUCCUCCUCCUGACACCAUGCUGGAGCUCAAUGACAUUGUGUACAUUAUCCGGUCUGACCCGCUGGCUCACAUGCCAGAGGACUCACAGGUUGGGCAGCCCCGCAGCACCAGGAACCAGCAGGACUUUGGCACAGAGACGAGAGAUGAGACUCACCUCUGAAACCCCCUUAUUCCUCGACAUCCUGACCGUUGAUCUCUAAGCCCCGCCUGGGCCGACAGAGCUUGUUCAUCUCACACAGAUGAAGGCUUGUCUCGGACCAAGAACAGCAGUCCAUAGUGAAUGAUCAUUAUGUGUCUCAGCCUCAGAACUGAAAUAAUCAACAAGUCAAAAGAUGGCCCUGAGAGAGAGCUGCUGUUUCCCACUGAGCUGCUACAGGAGGAUGCAUGAAGAGUGCCUCGUCAUUGACCCCGACUCCCCUCACGCACCUUCUGUACUAGUACACAUCACCCUCGCAAAACAAUCUGAGAUCAGGCACUUGUAACGGCUCCCUCCAUCCAACCAAAGGUGUGCGAGAUUUGAUCAAUCUUGUGAAAGUUCUUUGGAAGAAUCAAAGGAGUUCUUGUGCACAUGCUGUACUUAGUGUCAAAUCAUUAUUUAACUCAGGGGUGAAGUUGUCCUCGUGCCACGACUUAGGCUGGCUUCCUCUACGCCUGUUUCUACCUAAACUCGCAAAGAACUGAAUCUCCGGGCAACUACACCCUCAUCCACAUUGUAACAAUCCUAUUUUCUAAUAACACAAGUAAACCCACAAGCAUUUACCAUGAAAUUACAACACACGUGCACUUUUCUUAAUUUAUUACAAAAUGUCUGUUUGGUUUUUGUCAGUUUUGUCAUUUUCUUUAUGAGCACAAACGUUUUUACAACAGACGGAGAUCUGUGAAUAUACACACUGUAGUGGCACUUUUAUUGGCUGUAUUAAAAUUGUAAAUAUUUCUCUCUUUGUUUUAGACACUGAUUUCUGUUGUGGUUAUUGUUAAAGAGAGAAUAUUGUUAAUUUGUUUCACUAUUUUACAUGUCUCAAAUCAUGCGUGUUAUAGUUUGUGCCAUUUGUUUUGUUUAAUGAAAUUGCUUUGUAAAUAUAUUUAAAUUGAUUUGUGCAUUAUGUGCCAUUUUGCAUACGUUUUGUGAUAUCAGCGUUAAUGUUCAUCUCACAGCCUGACCAAUAGAUUGGCCUUGCUGAUGUAAUCAGCUGAUUUUAGCUUAUUAGAUGUGUCAGCCAACAUGUAACAAGACAUUUCUAUUCAGAAAUGCUAGUCGUAGUUGUGCAUACUGUUUGAUAUUUUUGCAGAUAAGCGUAUUCGCAGAAGAGAAGCUUGACACCACUCUCAUAUCUGUAUGAUAAAUUUGAAGCUAGAGCCAGCAGUUUUUCUGGCUGUGGCUGCAUAAUUGACGGACAGACUGACAUAUCAUGAUGAAAUUACUUAGGUGCAAGGUAGAUUUAUUUAGCAUUUUACAACACAGGGUUGUAUGAGUUAUGAUUAACUUAAAUAAGUCCUAGAAAUAAAACUACUUUACAUGAUGCAGGGCUGAGGAUGAAUUCAAGAAUUUAAAGCUGUGUGGUAUGACAGCAGAUACUUCUGUAUCUCUUGCCAGACAGCCGCAGGGUCAACAGGCUGUGGCAAGGUGGGUACUGUCUUUUAGUAUCUUUUAGGCUCUGCACAGGCAACUCACCGAUAUCACUGAAGCUUGGCAGAUGAGUACCAGUGAUCUUCUGAGCAGUUUUAGUCAUGCGCUGCAGAGCCCUCUGGUCCUGGGCCGUGCACAUCACAUGCCGCUUGAUGUUUCCAGUCAGGAUGCUUUCUAUUGCUCCUCUGUAAAAGCUGCCAAGAACUUGGCGUGGGAAUUUGGCCUUUUUAAGCUUCCUCAAGAAAUACAGUCGUUUCUGAGCUUUCUUCAGCAACGUAUAGAUGUAAUGUGACCAUGUCAGGUUCUCCGUGAUGUUGAUCCCCAGGAACCUGAAACUGUUCACCUGCUCCUCCUCAGCUCCACUGAUGUAGAGAGGAGUGUGUUGAUCAGCUCAUUGGUUUUGCUAACGUUCUACAAUAGGUUGUUCUCUGAGCACCACUCAGCAAGAUUGUUGAUUUCCUCCCGAUAUGAAGUCUCAUCGUUGUUUAAAAUCCGGUUGAUGGUGGUGUCAUCCGCAAUUGUGGGUGUAUAGAGUGAACAGGAGGGGCCAAGCACACAGCCCUGAUGGGCUCCAGUGUUGAGCACUAGAGUAGAAGAGGUGUGAUCGCCAGAGUGCUGAGUUUGCCAAUUAGUUUCAUGGGGGACAUUGUGUCUGCAGUGUCUAGUCAUUGAGACUAGACACUGCAGACUUUUUAUGUACAGGAAUGAUGGUGACUGUCUUGAAGCAGAUGGGAACCCUCUCCUGAGACUGUGAUAUGUUACAAAUGUCAGUAAUAACAUCUGCUAGCUAAUAGGCAUAUGUUCUUAGUACACAGCCAAGGAUGUUAUCAGGCCCAGCAGCUUUACUCAUAUUCACUAUCAAAAGGACUCUACUCACAUCUGCUGUGGAUACUGACAGUAGCUGGUCCUCCGGAGGAUUCAUCUAUGGUUUUCUGGUUGAGGAAUGAUUUUAUUGUCUUUGUGAACACCACAGCAUCAACACAUACACUGAUGUAUGAUGUCACUGAUGAUGUAUAUUCCCCAAGAUUGAUGUGGCUCUCCUGGGUAGAGGGCUCUCUUAACACUCAGUCCUGUGGAGUUGCUGUAGCCCCAGUAAACAGUUUUUACUGAUGGUUUGACCCUUGUAAUCAGCUGGGUGUAGUUAAGCAGAAGCAGGGAAUUAUGGUCUGAUUGACCAAAAAGAUCUCUUUGAUUAAAAUUACCAGCUGCAAUAAAAACAUCAGGUUGUUUUGUCAUGUGACUGCUGAUGGUAGAGUUACUGUAGUGCAAAUGCAAACUGUAACAACAAAAACACUGAACUAACUAGUUAUACUAGUUUUAAAGAGUUGCUGUACAACUGGUUAGAAUUGUUUGGCAUAGACUGCGAUGUGCACAGUCAAGUCUAUUUCUACCCUCUAAUGUAUUACUGAAUCUAUUUGGAACGUAUUUGAUGUGAAAAUGAAGUGCUAUCCUCUCCAAAUUGUACUGGGCAUGCCUUGUGUAUAAGACAGUGUCUGUGUGCAGUUGAAUCUUGAUUUAUCAUUCCUCAUCAUUAAGUUUUGUUAAAUCACUGUAAAUAGUAGCUUUAUACAUUCAUUGUUUGCCAUUUUCAGUCUCUUGUGUGUGAUUCAAGUGUAUGAGGACUUGAACUAUUUUUGCACUAACCUUUGCGGGGAUGUCUUGGAGCAUAACAGCAUGACCCUUUAAUCUGAAUCUGUACAACAUGGUGCACAGUAUUCAACCAUUCCUGUUAAGCAAAGACAGUCAAAUGUGCAGUAAACACAUCAUGCAUUAUUUAGGUAAGUGCCGUUUUAUCUAUCUGUCAAAGAAAUAUGAAUUGAUAGUAAUGAUGAAGAAGUAACCGCCGUUGGAUUGUUUCCUCUUUGGGAGCAGCCAAGAAUCAGCAUAAGCCUUUUAGUGUUCAAAAGUGUACGUAUUUUGCAGAGUCCCAUUGAAAUGUACUCUUGAUCUUUGCUUUGUAGUCACUCAAAAGUGUCAGUUUACAGGGCAGGAGAACUAUUCAGUGAAAGCGUGAGCGACCACGAUGGCGGAUACGAUCGGUGUUCAGAUCCAUUCAUUUAGUAAAAUCUUAGGUCCUCACUUCACGCUCCACAAAUAUUUCACUUCAGAUCUCCUACUGUCCAUACUUACAAUACCACAAGGGGCAUGUUAACACUUAAAAAGCAUGUUUUGAUAUAUAAGCUUGAACAAGAAUGGUAAUUUUUUUUUUACAUUUAGCAGGACAUUUAGCGUGAUGUCCCGUGGCUACAGAAACCCAUAAUCAAGUCAACUGCUUGCAAGUUGGAGCCAUUAUUUGAUACUGUGUAUUUAUAUGAAUGGAAUGUGCAUGUUGUCUAGGUGUUAUCAAAAGCCUAUGUAUUAUGUUGACCUCCACUUUAUGUUUUUAAGUCAUUGUCAAAAAGGGGUUGAUCCAUUUUGUACUAUUUCUUAUGAGAAGUGAGUGUACUUCGACAUAUAAAAUAUGAACAAAUAAAUGCUGCAUGCAGCCAGAUAAAAUGA